AUGAUUGACCAGCGGCUUGCUCUGGUGGGCGCGCAGUCGAACGCUGGCCUCAGCAUGGAGGCGCUGAUGAGGAACCAGGCCACCGCGCCCAUCCAGGCGAUUUCCACUGGAGGCAAAAUGAGCGACGACUGCUGUACGAUAAUCACUCGACACGUAGCCCAGGGCCCAUGGGGUGUCGAGCAGAAACAAGCGAUCGCAUCAGCUUUGAAUGAAGCAGCUGCGAUGGCGGACAGCAAGACCAGCGGGGCCCGAGCCACGCAGAGCCUUGAUUUCUUGGAGCGCUACUUCACAGCGGCCGACUGGGAAAGCAUCAGGUCGCCUGAGCUGUCGACGUCCGCCAAACUUGAAGUGGUCGCUGCCCGCCUCAACAUGAUCGGAGUGACGUGCCCCAAGGAGACACUCCUCAAGAAGGGCGUCGCCAUCGUCGUUUUGUCUAGCCCCGAGCUCCUGACCCAGGAGUUGAGUGGCAUCUGGAAGAAGAGCCAGAAGGACAGGCCCCAGCAGUUCGUGAGGGUCCUGGACAAGUCCAAGCCUUGGAAGUUCCAGCACAUGACCAAGUACCCUCUGAGGCCUAGUUUGCUCCACGAGACGAUCUUCAACCACGCGUGCCCUGGUGGCCACGCUCCAGUGGAGGACCCCGACGUCGACGGCCUCGAUGUAGUGUGCCAGGAGAUGUGCUGCAGGGACUCGUCAAGUCAGGUCAAGAAAGCCAGGCUCUCGCAAGGUGCGGAUGCGGCUGCGCCGCAGACGCGCCCGCGCCAACAGGCGCAAGUACCGUCGGCGAUGCAGCAGGGGAUGGGCGACAUGCAGAUGCAGUUCAUGACGGCCAUGGCCAUGGCGGCUAUGCAGAAGUUUCCUCAAACCGCUGGGCCACUGGUCCAGUGCAUGGCGCAGAUGAUGGGGGGCGCCGAGCAGAAGACCCAGCCCGCUAGCAUCAACAUCGAUUACGCUGGCCUGAAGCCGAGGGGCGGGAGUGCGCCACCACAAGGAGUGCCUUCCUCGGACAACCUUGGUGACGCUGCGGGGUCAGCCCCAACCGACAGCCCCCUGGCACUCACGGACGCCCCAGCGCAUCCAGCAGGCGCAGCGGCAGCUGCACCAGCCACUGCGCCAGACGCUGGAGCCCUUGUGCCGCAUGGCGCGGCCUGUCCUGUUGACGAGACGGCCGAGCUAGAGCGGAAGAUGAGGGAGGCUGCCAUGGCCGCCAAGGCGCGCCCCAAGGAGGCGAAGGAGGCAGCGACGGAGGGAGCGCCGCCCAAUGGCGACGCCACGGCAGGCAGCACCGUGGACAAGAGCACGACAAAGGGGGCGGGCAAGGGCGCGAAGGGCAGAGGUGCCCUCAACGUGGACUUCACCGCCCUGCUCAAGCCCGAGGACUGCGUGUUGCGGAGCCGCAGCGCCUUUACCUCCAGGGCGUACACGGGGGUCAAAACGAUUGCUAAGGGCCAGGGGAUUACCGACAAAGGCGAGCUGAACCGCCUCGCGAAGGUUGCCUAUGCCGCAGCCUCUGACGUCUACACACUUUGGGAGGCCAAGGACAAGACACGCAAGUGA